AUGAGUGCUCAAUCACCGGACGACGCCUGUUUUGCCGUCCCGAUGCUUACGGGAGAUCUCCCUGGAGAAGGCUCCUCCAAAACUGCCCCUUUGUACGCUCUGUUACGAUCUGUCAAUGCUGAAUUUUAUUCUUUCAGAGACAUUCCGAAGCACGACACAGGACGCUUCAAGCCGAUCAAAACACUAGCUAGUAGAAUCGAUGGAUCGGAAUAUUACGACGAGGCGAGCAUGGAGAAAGUUUUGUCAGUAAUAUCGAUUUUUUAGGAAAAUUCAUUUAAUUUUUAGAGAAAUGCUCGAAAUUGGACGGACGGAAGAGGCGGUGGCCUACGCGGACUCUCUUUAUUCAAACAUCAUCGAUGACGAUCAGCAAGACAUCGUCACAGUUGCCGAGUACGUCAAAGUACUGAUCGUUCUGCGUCAAUGGAGACGAGUGAGCCAUUUGAUUUCCCGGCGGAACUAUCAUCAAAUCCACGUGGUUUUCGCAUAUUACGCUGCUAUCGCGUUUUUCAAUCGGAAAAUGUUUGAUGAUGUGACCGAAUUGGCGGUCGGACAUCUUCUUCCGCACGAUGGAAACUGUGGUCCACUUCCUGUUCGGACACUUUCGCAGGUCACCGGAAGAUAUGUGGAAGAGGAAAGACUAAAGUUUUCGUUUGCUCAUAUGGCCGAAUUGGACAAUAUCUCAAGGAAACUUCGAAUGGUUCCUGCGCUCAUGAUUACCAUUGCGGAGAGCUAUUUGAAACUGAUGAAUCGAGAUGCAGCCAUGAUCUGUAUCAACUACUCUCUGAAUCUGGACAAUACCACUCUUCACGUGGAGCGAUUAAUGACCAAGUACAAUCUGGUUGAGCCGGUGCAGUGGGAAAAGUAUAAGAAAGUGCGGAAGGAGCAGUUGAAAAUGCACGAGGGAAGUCAUGAUCCGCGAACUCUGAUUGAAAGAGCACAACAUUCGUAUGAGAUGGGGAGAUUUGGAGAGGCCAAGAAGUUGACUGACGAGCUGUUCGAUUUGUUCGGACCACAUCAUGAAGCUAUUCUUCUGCGUAUUCAUUGUCUCACUAUGCUCAGAGACUCGCGAUCCCUUCUAAAGUUAGGCCAUCAGUUGGUCUCUGACGAUCCGCACAUUCCCUUGCCGUGGUAUUGCGUUGCCAUGUACUACUAUACGAUUGGAGCUAACGCACGGGCUCGGAGCUUCAUCUGCAAGUGCACAAUGAUGGACUCGACGUUCGCCGAAGCAUGGGUGGCGUUCGGUCACAUUCUGCAUUACGAAGUGGAGCACGAACAGUCGAUGAGCUGCUACUACAGAGCUUCAAAGCUUGUGGAUCGAAGCUCGGAGCCAUUUCUGUACACAUCUCUUCAGUACAGCACUCACAGUCAGAAACUGAGCAAGAAGUUCAUGGUGGAGGCGGUCAAUCGGGCGCCAAACGAUCCGCUGAUUAGACAUGAAGAAGCGUGUGUUGCGUACACAGCAAAAAACUACGAGGAAGCUGAUGAGCUGUUCAGAACUGUGCUCUACAUGGUUACUGAGACGGAGUCUGGAACUCCUGUUGAGGUCGCCUUGAAAAAGUUCGUCUAAUUUAUUCUAAUAUAAAUUUCGUGUGUUCUUUCAUAAAAAAAUCCGAGAAAUUCGUCACGUGAAAAUAAACUCAAUGUAUCGCUAUUGCCCCUCGAUGUUUGCAGACUGAAGCCAAAAUUUCCUGAAAUUAGGCUUGACUCUGCAAACACCGAGGGGGCAAUAGCGAUAAAUUGAGUUUAUUUAACACAAUAUCACGUUUAGACUAAAAUUCUACCUAGGCUGGUCGAACAGGCGCCUGUUUUUUCAAGCACAGGCGCCCAAAAUCGCCUGUUCGACCAGCCUAAUUCUAGCAAUUGGAUGAUAGCUCAUGGAAACCAGUGAAAUUUAUAGGAAAAUUGAUGACUUCUGGCGCCCAAUGCUCAACAACAUCGGGCAUAUUGCGAGACGGCAAGGAAGGCUUGAUGAAGCGAUAUUAUUCUACCGAAGAGCCAUCAAAAUCGAGCCGAAGUUCGUGGACGCAAUUGCCUCGAUUGCUCUGUGCUAUUCCGUUAUGGGAGACACCACCAAUGCCACCGAAUUCUUCAACAGAGCUCUUGCCAUUGAUCCGUUCAACGAAACUAUCCGUCAAUGCAUGUCUAGAAUGAUUCUAUCGCACAAAAUUGUGUUCGAUUUGGAAAAUUGCACUGUAAGCCCGUUCGUAGAUUUUGCCUUUGAAAACAACCUCGUUCAGAACACUAAUCAAGUGGAUGUGGACAAUUUCAUUCCGCAAUUCGUGAUUCCCCACUCUUCGCUACGAAAACCACACAACGAUGGAUUCGUGGUACCUUCCAUCCUAUCUCAUCGUCAACCUUUUAUCACAAUGCUCAAAGAUCGGCUCAGAGAAGAGACAAAUGCAAAUGAAGAGGAAGUAGAUGACGAAGAGGAAGAAAUGACUUAA